UCUCUCUCUUUUUCCCUUCCCCUCUUGGGCUGACGCGCUUUGAAACGACGCAGAACGCCGAAGGAUCUCGGGGGUUUCCGCAGUCGAAACCACAAAGAGCGCCUCAUAAAAGCUCCCCAGAGCGGGAGUCAGUUCUUACUACCAGACAGCAGGGGCAAGUCUGCAGUCAAGAGACCACGCAAGGUGAAAAUCGAGUCGGAGGAAGUCUACAAUAAUGCACUCAAAGUUUCUGCAGGUGGAAUGGCUUGUGUGCCUUGUGUUGCUGUCAGUGGCCGUCCCAUCCAUUACAGCCCGGCAUUCGUGUGCUGAACCAUCUGAGAAGCAUCUGUUGAACAAGCUAAAACAUUCUGGGUCCAACGCAGAGCAGUUCAUUCCUGGCAAAGAAUUCAAUGCUUCCCACAGUCUUACCUCUCUGAUUGGAGAACAGAGUAAUUCCCCUUGGUCAUACAGAAUUAACGAAGACAGUGCACGCUACCCAAGGAAGUUGAUGGAAGCGUACUGUCUGUACAAGGGCUGCAUCAAAGCCAAUGGGAAGAUCGAUAACAGCUUAUCAAGUGUGCCGUAUCACACAUCCGUCGUAGUGCUGAGAAGGGACUCAAAGUGCAAACACAAGACCUACAUCUACCGACUGGCUGUGGAAAAGAUCGUAUUGUUCUGCACCUGUGUAAUGCCCACAGGGCACAAGUCUUAGUGGAACAUCUAAGAUCCCAGUAGAAAGAAUGUAGCCCUCUUUUUUUUUAAGGUUCAUGGAAAACCAUUUCUAUAAGCCAGUGAUAAAAAAAAAUGUGAAAUAUUUUGCUUUGUAAAGCCCCACUUUGCUUAUCCAACCCUCAGUGUCAGAAGGGUGAAUUGAAUUGAAAAUGGGACUGUCUCCCCACCCCCCUUACCAAGACAUUAACAUUUCAUCGGCCCUACAUUCGACAAGGCUGAAGAUUUUAUCCUGUUUUUUUUUUUGCAAUUGCAGAGAGCUUUGUGCCUGGAAUAGACUGGUGGGCUAGUUCCCAUUAAGAACUUGCUGAUUACUGCAGGCCUUCCUUUGGAAGCCUGAAGUCUUUGCUGUCCCACUGCAUUUUCCUCAAAGAUUUGGGGCCAUAAAACAGAUCAGAAUUAGGCUAGUCUGCCCCACAAUUCUCACUCUCUCACUCUCUCACACACAAAAUGCAGGAGGUCAGGCAGCAUCUGUGGAAAGGAAUAAAGAGUUGAUGUUUUGGGCCAAAACUCUUCAUUGGGUCUGAAAAGAAACUUGGCUACCAGUGGUAAUAUAAUCAUGUUUAGGCACACACAAGAAGCAAGAGGUAGAGAAACUCAAACUUGGAAGGCUGCAGGGCUGAAACAAGUUGGCCAGAUGUUUUUUUAUUAAGAGUAUCCUUUCAAUUGGAACUGCAAUUGAAAUCCACUCAAGUGCUAGGAGUUUUGUGUUAGAUCUGAGUUUGAUGACUGAUCUGUUGCAGGCUAAGCAACCUCCCUGGAAAUGUGAUUUACAAGGACAGUGCCAGGGCUGAAAGCAUUUACCAAUGAUGGAAAAACUAGGUUGGCCUUUACUUUGGAAGAGAGGAGGCUAAUGUGACAAUUAAGAUGUAAAAGGGACAUUGAUAAAUGGAAAGGACCUAUUUUUGGAGUAAACUCCAGGGAGUGGGGAGAGAUUUAAUGCAAUUGGCAAUGGAUUAUAGAGGAGUUGAAGUAAACUAGCUUCACUCAGUGACUGGUGGUGAUUAGGAACUCACCGCCUGAGAGGGUGGUGGGGGCAGUGGUAGUAAGAACCAUGUACAGGGACUAUGGACCAAAUUCUGGAAGGUGGGAUUAGGCAGGGUAGUGUUUCCUAACCAGGGUAAACACACUAUGCUGUCUGUAUUAAACAUUUUCUUUGAUUUAAGAUGGAGAUUGCACAGGGUUGGGUUGGAUUCCAAUGGCUGUGGAGUAUGCAAGGGGCAAAGUUUCCCAUUUGGUCAACAUCUCUGUAGAUCAUUGCAGGGUGAGCCUGUUGGUGGGCAAGCACAGGCUCCUCUCUCUGACGCCUUGAUAAUUCCUUGUGCCCAAAUCUAGCCAACUUCUAAUCAGCCUUUGGAAAGAGUACAAUUCACAAAUAUGGCAUGGCCUUUGGUGAAACUGGUGAUCCAGCCAGUUCUUUACAUUUUCUUGAAUUGCUGUCUGGUGGCUCCUUAAUUGCCUGAAUGAGGAAAGAACUUUGACCUUACCUGCUGCAAACUACAAACGUGUAGACUGGAGCUCUACGAGAGACGCAACUACUCAAAGGGCAGAGAGCUGCAAUUUUUUUCCCCCACUAUCUAAACAUUUGAUGUCAAGAGCUAUUUGAUGCAUGUUGAGACUUAUGAUUUUUCAAGCAUGUGACUUUGCUCAUUAGUAAGAUCAGACCUAGUUCUUCAAAGUUAUGAAGUUUGCUUCCAUUAGAUUGAACUACCAAUGAACUGUCAUAACUUAAAGGUUAAUGCCCAGGUUUAAGUGUUCAUGAUAGUAAACUCAUAGGGAAUCCCCCACAGAAAUUUGGGACUGAUUCUAACUCAGCCCACCCAGAGUGAAACAAGUCAGGUGAUCAAGUCCAAUGCCUGCUUCAAAUGCCCCCUCCGCCUAACUUUUACUCCCUGUGGAAGUUAACUGAGAGAAUGAUCAAGUGGUUGCAAAGUCAACGUCCCACCGCGUCAUGAAGGAAUUUCACCAGGCGUGUUAGGUUAAAAUUACCACCGGGCUCCGCCCACAUCCAAGAUUUUUAACCAUUGCUGUCACUAUCAUGCGGAAGUAAAAUAACUUCAGGAACAUUUGCUCCAAUCUCUUGAAGGUGUAAUUAAAAUUCCACUGAAUGCUCAAUGUAGUUGUCUUCCACAUUUCCACACACACGGAACCAAAUACACUAGUCCUCUGAUAUCUGGGCGAAGGGUUAUGUCUUUUUUUAAAUAUUUUCUUGGUUGUUCCUUUGACUGAAUAUUAACUCUGGUUGUCUCUGCAAUCAAUAAACAAGUGAGCCAAGAUUGUGACUAAGCAAUAAUUGGUCUAAUAUUUCCUGGUAUAUACUGUUCAAAGCACUUCUUGUAGCCUGCGUUUAGACGGUCAUCUGUCCAGAAUGUCAUUGGAGGAUUUAAGAACACUGCCUAGAACCAAUGUCUGUCUGUACAACAUUCUCUGCCGUCCAUAUGGCACUUAUUUUCAGUAAUGCUUUCAAGUGACAUGUUGUGAUAUGAAAUCUGUCACUAUUAUAAUAAUAAACCAUGAAAUGGCUGUGCCGUAGUUUGUGGAAUUUUU